CUACAUGAUGACCACAGCAACUAGACCCCACUCUCCCCCUAUCUGGGAGCCAGAGUUAGAGUUUGAGCACAUUCCCUGGGGCGAUAUAGUGGAAGCAGAGCAACAAGGCGACAUGGAAACACUGAACAGUUUGAGGGAUAGAUCACUGGAAAUAAGGAAGUCACGCAGAUACCCCGAUGGAUACCAUAGUCCUGUCACGCCCACGGCCUCUCAUACCACCCCCAUCUCUGGCCCAGGCGCAGGCGCAUUCAAAGAGUUAAACGAAGACUAUCCCUAUCUACCCUCACAUUCGAAUGACACACCCUCCCUUGAAUCACCCUUUCAAGCACUCUCCUAUGCACAGGCCCUCGAACCCAGACUCACAAAACGUACUAUGGAGGAUCGUACUUGUCUCUCUCCCAUAGACUACCUGCCCAAACGAAGUGCCUUCUCUAAAGCACCUACCGAUGUGGGACCCAGUAGAUCAUUGUCACCAGCUACCACCACAAAAAUUGAAGCGGAUAUGAUGGAAAUAGAAGCCACCCCUGAUAGUGACAGUCGACCCAAUAAGGCUUCGACAGCUGCACAGCGUCGCCUCUUCCCACCUUCAGUUGAUAAAGUGGAUCCCACUGAAGUGUUACGUUCUGAGAGGAGGCCACGAUCAUCUUCAGUGAGUAGUGGUAGUGGAAAAGAGGUGCUUAGUGGCCAUCAAAUCACCCAAAGGACAAAGCAGAUUGACUAUGGAAAGAAUACAACAGGAUACCAAAGAUAUAUACAGACUGUCCCAAAGUGGAAGCGUACUCGUGACAAUCCCUGGACACCUGAUAAGAGCAAGUCUUGCAGCACACGGUCAUGGCAGGGACAAAUCCGAGUGUGGAGGAGGGCAUUACAUGAGUACGACCCACCCACUGAAUCUGGCUCACAGUUCACCGCCGAGGAAGCUGCUCUCUGUCUCAUGGAUUUUGUCAAGGAAUAGGGUCACAAGAGCACAUCUAGUACAGAACAAUCACAUUACAUGAAGUGUAUUUUAACGGUACAUCACAUGUACUUUUGUAUCUAACAGUAUUAUUAUUAUAAUUAUAGACUCAUGUUCUCUUUAUACUAUAAUUAUGCUUUUCAAUCUUCA